AUGAGUUCAGAGGGAACAAAAAAUCCUCGCCAAGGAGUAAAAUUAAUGAAAAAUAGUGAGAAUGUCGAUAUUUAUUGUGAAGUGGAAAGCAAUUUGCUAGGAAAAAAAGAAAAUGAAAAUACUCCUACUGAUAAAGGCACCAAAAAUAAAAUAGAAAAAUUACGCCAGGAAAUUAAAGAUUUAGAAAGCAAUUCGUCAGCCAAUAAUAGUUCUGAAAAUCAAAAAGCAUUAGCGGAUAAAAGAAAAAUACUGAAAGAAUUAGAGAAAGGAGAAAAUAAUACUGAUAAUUCUAAUAAGUCUGAUGACAGUAAUUUGGCGAUUUAUUUAAGUUUGGGUGGAGUUGUUAUUUUACUAAUAGAUAAACCUGAGAUUAUUAUCAAUAACGACAACCCUGACGAAGCUUUUUUUUGCUUUGAAAGAACAGUAAAAGAAGGUUGGAAUGACUUAAUAAGCAACUAUGAGAAUAUAAAAGAAGUAGAAAUUGAGUUUGAGGAAAAAGAAGCCAAUUUCAAAACUUAUCGGAAAGCCAUGAAUAUAUUCUCAGCCACUUUAAAAGCCUUAAAAUUCCUGCUGAAAUUAUUGGCUAAUUUGGUAGGUAGUAAGCGAAAAAGCCAAAAAAGUGAAUUAGAACAAAAACAACUAAAACAUGUUCGGAAUUUUACUCCUACUCAUUAUAGUUGGCAGCAGCGAGCCAGAAAGAAACUAACUAAAAAACAGCAAGAAUAUUACCAAAAGGAACAAAAAAGAAAGCAAGCACCUAUAAAACCAAACUAA